AUGAAUCGUACUUUAUUUAGAAGGUUUUGUGAGGUUCUUACCAUGCAAGGGGGGUUGAAGAAAACUAGGAACGUAGACGUUGAUGAGAUGGUUUAUGUCUUCCUUCGAACUAUUUCACAUAAUGAGAAGAAUAGGACGUUGCAAGUCAAUUUGCGACGAUCAGGCGAGACUAUACAUCGGUCAAUUCACCGUGUGUUGAAGGCCGUGAUUAGACUUAACAAUCAGUUCAUGAAGAAGCCGGUUCCUAUCCCUGAAAAUGAAACCAACAGUAGGUGGAAGCAUUUUAAGGUUAAAAGUGAAGCUGUCAAAACCGAGUACAACUUUUGGAAUGCUGCACAUGACACUCCGUUCGUUGAGUGCUUGUUGGAUCUAACAGAGAGAGGGCUGAUCACCAAUGGAAACUGCAAGAAUGGUGUGUUCCGUGAGAUCCAACGGAUGAUGGAGAAGAAAGUGCCCGACUGUGGUCUUAAAUCAAAACCGACCAUUCAAAACAGGUACAAGAAACUAAAGCACUGGUAUCACUCAACCGUAUUGAUGCGCAAUCAAAGUGGGUUUGGCUGGGAUGUGCAGAAGGAAUGUGUUAGUGCUGAUAAUGCGGUAUGGGAUGUGUUUCUAGAGGUAUGUUACUUUUCCUACUUUGAUCUUUACACGAAGCAAAAAGGGCUGGUGGAGUUGCAAUGGUAG